UGAGGAGCGACCCGAAAGGGUAUAGUCUUGCCUUGGCAUGCGUCAUCAAUGCCAGGAGAACACUCCCAAUGGUCACGCUAUCCAUGAUACUUGAUCUGCCAAGUAUCACAAUGUGAAUACAGGUUUGGAGAGGGAUAUCAUAAAACCUAGCCUUCUUCUUUACCACAUUCUACAACUUUGCUCGUUCUUAUAUCACACAUCGCAACUCAAUUGUUGAGGCUGUCUACGACCUUCAACAAUUUCCAAUGGCUGACAAGGGAGACGGAUCGACGGAGCGCCGCGGGGUCAAAGAGAAGAUCGAACAUCCUUUCCCUGAGCUCCGCGAGAAGCUGAAAGAGACUUCUCUGUACGAUGCUAAAAUCAAGGCCGUACAUCUGAAGCACAAGAUUGGAAAGUUUAAAAAUCUGUUCAAUCCUAAUCAUCGCCACGACGAGGAGCAUGAACAAAAGACAGACGAGAAGCGCAAGAAGGUUUGCGAUGGCCAUCGCUUCAACUCAUUUGCCCCUGAAAGAGACGGAAACUUGAUCAAGUGGUAUAUUGACGGCAGAGACUAUUUCUGGGCUGUCGCAGAGGCUUUAGACAAAGCGCAACAGUCAAUUUAUAUCGAGGAUUGGUGGCUGUCACCGGAGCUUUUCCUCAAACGACCCCCAUUCUAUAACCAAGAAUGGCGUUUAGAUCAGAUCCUCAAGCGUCGCGCAGAAGCUGGCGUCAAGAUUUACAUCAUCGUAUACAAAGAGGUUUCGGCUGCACUUACCUGCAACAGUCAGCACACGAAGAAAGCUAUGAUGAAUCUUAUUCCUGAGGGCAAGCCUGGGUAUGGAAACAUUAAGCUGAUGCGACACCCUGAUCACAAUGUUUUGGAGAAUGCCUCCGAUAUGACAUUUUACUGGGCGCAUCACGAAAAGUUUAUUGUCAUUGAUUAUGCGAUGGCAUUCAUCGGAGGACUGGACAUGUGCUACGGCCGCUGGGACAAUCAUCAGCAUCCUCUUGCCGAUGUCCAUCCAUCCGGCGUUCAGAAUGAGAUCUUCCCUGGGCAGGAUUACAACAACAACCGCAUCAUGGACUUCCAGACCGUUGAAGACUGGAAAUCUAACGCCCUAGACAAGUCAGACUAUGGACGUAUGCCAUGGCACGAUGUCGCUAUGGGUGUGAUCGGACCCUGCGUCUACGACAUUGCAGAGCACUUUGUCCUGCGCUGGAAUUUCUGCAAGCGAGACAAAUACAAGCGAGAUGAACGUUACGACUGGCUCACCCUGGAAGGCCGCGAAGGAGAGGAUGAAGAUCUCGUCGGUGUGCAACGACCGAAGUUCCCAAUGGGAGACUACGUUCAUCACCCAUUCACACCACUGAGCACGAAGAACCUGGACAACCGAGGAACCGUACAUGCGCAGAUCGUGCGUAGCAGCGCCGACUGGAGCAGUGGAAUCCUGCCCGAGGAGAAGAGCAUUCAAACCGCUUACAUCGAAUUGAUCCGUAACGCGAAGCACUUCGUGUACAUCGAGAACCAAUUCUUCAUCACGGCAACCGGUGAUCAACAAAACCCAGUCCAUAACCAGAUCGGGAAAGCGAUCGUAGAUGCCGUGGUUCGCGCCGGCAAAGAAGGUAGAAAAUUCAGGGUCAUCAUCCUAAUUCCUGCCAUUCCUGGCUUUGCGGGAGAUCUUAGGGAGAACGCAGCAAUGGGAACCCGAGCGAUCAUGGACUACCAGUACAAGAGUAUCUGCCGCGGAGAGCACAGUAUCUUUGGGCAGUGUGAAGCGCAGGGCGUCAACCCCAGGGAACACAUUUUCUUCUUCAACCUCCGUUCAUACGAUCGCAUCAAUGUCACCCGCAAGCUCAUCGAACACGAAGAGAAGUCCGGCAUGAAGUACAAAGACCUCGUCCAGGCCGAAGUGGAAGAACUGGAAGCUCCUUUGGAAGACGGCAAUGAGGCACGAAUACGGGCCGCAGACAUGCGACGACGCUUCGCCGCUGACGAAGGCGAGGUCGCUGCUGGUGAUCAAGGCGGCAUCAUCGACCCCGAUUCCAUUGCCGACGAUGCCAUGUUGACGGACAAGAAGCCCAGCACCGAGCCAUGGGAGGGCGACCCCGAGGCUGAGAAGGAACACUUCUUCCAAGAAGAACUCUACAUCCACGCCAAACUCUGCAUCAUCGACGACGAAUACGUCAUCUGCGGCAGCUCCAACAUCAACGACCGCUCCCAACUCGGCUACCACGACUCCGAACUCACAAUCGUCAUGAAUGACACGGACAAGAUCGAAACCGUGAUGGACGGCCAGCCCUACCAAGCCGGCAAGCACGCCUGGACUCUCCGCACAAUGCUCUGGCGCGAGCAUCUCGGCCUCCUGCCACCACAGGCCCUCGACGCAAGCGACGACCCGAACGCCCAACCCCCAGGCCAUUCCCCCAACGAGUACCGCGAAGGGCCCGAACUCGACUUCGUCCGGGACCCUCUCGGCAACGAAUUAUGGACGAGAUGGUGCGAACAAGCCACCGUCAACACGUCCGUAUUCAAAGACCUGUUCCACGCCGAUCCCGACGAUGAGAUCCUCACCUUCGACGACUACGACAAGUUCACGCCCAACCCUAAAACUGAUGAAAAGCACAAGCAAGGCCAUCUGUACGAUCUAGACAGGCCGGUCGAGGAAGUCAGGAGAGAGCUGGACAGGAUCAAGGGACACUUGGUCUGGAUGCCGCUCAAAUUCCUGGAACAGGCGGAGAUGGCAGAGAAAGGAUUGCAGGUCAAUUCUUGGACGGAGAGUGUGUACACUUGAGUGACGUGCCGUCGGCGGAUUCAUCAUUUCUGGGAUUUCUAUGGAGUUGGUCAAUUUUGAAGGCCUCGUGUGGGGGCAGUUGAUCUGGGAACUAUUUGUUUAUGAAGUUUUAUGAUUUGUUGGGCUUGCUAUUAAUACC